GAAAAAGGCAGAGAGUCUGUCAGAAAGCUGCAGCUGGCUCAUGAUCUCACUCCUUCAGCCGCUCAUCGCCUCCCUGCCUGCUCCUCUCCGGAAGUUUGGAUUCCUACAUUUGAAUCUUCUGAGGAGUAAAUUUUAAUUUGCAUUUUCUGCCGGUGAGGAUUUUUCUCCUGAGGAAAUUUGUGGAUUUUCUUUUUUUCCCAUCUGAAGCCCCUGGAGUCCACCUGUAGAGUUUUAUUUUUUAAUCUACGGUGGGGGUUCUUCAGGGUUUUACCCUCUGACUGUCUACAUUUGUGUGGCUUUUUGUCUGGAUGCCCCAGGAUUACCCACAGACUGCAGUUCCUUCUCGGGCCUGCAGGGCGGCAGCAGAGAGCACCGGCCAGCCGCUGGACAGGCAGACCGUCGGCAUGAGCGACUUCUGGCACAAGAUGGGCUGCUGCGUGGUAGCCAAGCCUCCUCCGAAGAAGAACAGGAGGAAGAUCGACCGCAGCAUGAUCGGCGCGCCGACAAACUUCAUCCACCUAACGCACAUCGGCUCCGGGGAGAUGGGAGACGGCCUGCAGCCGUCAGGGUCUGUUCAGGAGCAGAUGAGGUCUAAAGGCCCCAACAUGAACUGCAGGAACAGCCUGUUAUAGCCGGAUUGUAUUGAAUUGACUCAGACCAGCUGACUGACCUCCUCCGCACUCUGAACCUCUGAGCCUGUCCUCCAUCAUCCAGCUUACGGCUUCAUCCCACUCUGCUGCCCUGCCGAAGUGUCACUGAGCAACAGCGGAACCGUUCUGACCUGCAUUUUAGAAUUAUUGAGCAAAUGUAAUCAUCAUAUUAAUAUUUUUUGUUUGUUUCUUUCGCCCUGGUCAGGUCUGAAAGUAGGUAGGCAGACAAAAAUUACACUAAUGUUAUUUUUGGGGGUUGAUUUGUCACCAGGUCUCUCAUCAGUAUUAAAUUAGAUGGAUCAUACCGUUAUUGUAUGAUCAAAAAUAAAUCUAAUCAGGAAUAUAAACACUGCAUUUAACUGCUGGUGAUUCUAAAUUUUCUAGAUGUUUUAUUCUUCUGAACUCUUACACUGCAAAAAAUGCAAAACAGACUUAAGUCUUUCUACUAGCUUCUGGUUCCAAUAUCUUAGUACACUUAAAAUAAGACAAAACUAACUUUUCUUUCACUAUUUAAAACUGGUUUUGUUGGCAGAUUAUUUCAUUUUUACCUUAAAAAGUAAUGAAACAAUCAGUGGAACUAGAUUGACCUAAAACAAGCUUCCAUAUCAUCCUGACAAGUUAGUUUGUUGGAUUUCAAGUGUACUAAGAUGUCAGUAGAACAACAACACUUGGUAAGAUUUUGUGCUUUUGCAGUGUAUUAUUCAGCGCCUGGUGUUUUGUCUGCUGCUCCCCAAUGCUAGACGUCUGGUGACAUCAUUGGACUUCAUUUCCCAGAAUCCUUCAGGUUGGUCGUCACCAUCAGGGUGCUCUGUGACGACAGACUCUUGUUUUAAGGAGACAGAAAAGUCCCUUUUCUUUUUUUGAUACACUGGACUGGAGUGUGUGUGUGUUUAGGGGGAGGCGUGUACGUGUGUGUGUGUGUGCUUUUAAUAUCUGAACAUUGUGGGGAACGUCAGUAAUUUUAUUUGUGGACAUUUAUGGUAAGUCUUCGGCCUCUGUCUUUAGAGAAACAGAUUUGAGGUCGCGGGACUGGAUGAUGUCAGCGGUGGCCUAUAAAAAGGUGGAAAAGAAGCACAGACAUGUGAAUGUGUGUGUCAUAGUGUUCCCAGUUUAGUAUAAACAACCCACAUGUCUGCAAGUUCUCUUUUAAUCUCAUGUCACUCUAAAAAGAGAAAUGUUCGGCCCAUUCCAGUGAUGGCUUGGGACGAGAAAAAUGUUUUUCGGCCGUCAAUGUUUAAGAUAUUUCUAGUAUUUUGAGACAUUUCAUGCUGCACCUGGUAGCGAACGUAGAGUUUGACUGCUUUAUGUUGUGAGUGCUUGACUUAAAAGAAAAUCUGUGUUAUUUGUAAUUUUAUGCUGUUUUUGGGGGAUUUAAUGUGUGAUAUUUGUUGAAUUUAUAUUGCUCGUUUCUUUGGUAUCUCACCCCAUCCUGAUUAUCUUAUUUUGCUUAUUUAGAUUUUUGUUUUAGAUUUUAGGCUUUUAAGUUUUUACAUGUCAAAAUUUCUGUAUUUCAUGUCUUGCGCAAAGUUUUGAACACUUUGAGAUAUUGUGAAACUGAAACUAUUUUGAGACACUUUGAGCUAUAAUAUUUACUUCAGAUGAUUUUUUAAAAAGCAAAAUAUAUUAAAUUUGUUCAGGUUUUAUGCCUUUUGGUUAAUCAGAUAGAUUAAUUACAGUGCUUUGUAAGAAUAAAAUCUUGUGCAGUGCCAAAUAAAACUGUACAGUCCCUUUGAAGCAAGUAUUUUUCUAAUAAUUGAAAAAGGUUUAUGUAAAUAUUUUUUAUUUUUCUUUUAUAUUUUGUACCUAUAUCAAGGUCCAAACGUGUCAACAGUUCAUUAAAACACCACAAAGACACAGAGAAGAAGAAUAAAAUAUGUAUAUGUUCA